AUGUCAGGAAUUACUAAACCUGUCAACCUGUACUCGGUUGCCGAACUCAGAAAUGCCACUGAUGAUGCUCUACCAUUGGCGCUAUCCAAACUGGGAUACGAACAGAGUUUUUCACUGAUUGAUACGAAACUGGCUAUCGGUUACGUUGCCACAAUUUUGGCUGGAUCACUCUAUUAUUUGGAGAAAAAAUAUAACAACGAUUUCUCCAACUUGACCUACUACUACUCAAUGGUUGCACUGGUUGUGGGAUAUUUCGCUUUGAAUGGAUUGUUGUGGCUACACGGAAAAUAUAGGGAGAAAGACAUUAAAUACGUUGGAAUCAACAAGAAUAACCAAAAGAAGAUUUCAAUUGAGGCCCGGGUUGAAAAUAAUACCACGCCAAUCUACAAAGUCACUGUGAUUGAAAAUAAUAGAUUACUUGGGAAGCAGGAUAUUCCGUUCACAGGCAUAUUUGACGAGGAUGGGUUUAUUCAUAUUGAUCAGUUGGUUGAGAUCUUUACUAGACUAUUACAAGAGAAAGAGAAAUGA